AUGGCUGACAUCGCCUCACUCAAAGCUCUUAUGCUACUUGCUCGAUCUCAAUCUACGACAAUUCACUUCUCUUUAAGAACAUCUUACGGCUUGGUGUUAGAGUAUCAAUCCGGCAAACAGCUGUGCCUCCGCCUUAAAGACUCCACAACAGCAUCAAAUACGCAACUACCAACCCAGUCUCACUUGGAGGGUCUGGAACACGAGGCCUCGUCCGGAUCUAAGCCGCUAGGCCAACAGCCCCUCCAGUCAGGCUACCGCUACCUGAUUGACCCAGACUAUGGCACUUCCGCUUUGUGGUAUCGUCCAAAAUGGCCUGGUAACCCCGAGGGCGAGUUUCACAUUGACCUUCGGAGUCUAAAACAUCGAUAUUCAUCUGCUUGGAUUGAGGCCUUUGAGAAGUGGGAAAGGCGAUGGACUGAAGCUUUCAAGGCCCAGGAGUGCCAUCUCGGUUCUUACAAGGAGCCGUUUCCGGACCUAGAGGAGCGAAAGACUUGGUUCGUGGAGGGUGCGCUGCUAGCGGCUUGGCUUGUACUGCAGGACGAUGUUGACCAAGUGGCUUACGACCCGGAUGAUGGAAUAUUUGAGCUGCGGCGUGACGGCCUGGAGGAGACUUUGGCAGGGAUGCUUUACGAUUUGACCGAUGGUUUGAAGAUUAAAGAGGAGUCGGAUUCCGACUAG